AUGAAUGAACCGGGGGACGUUGUUGAGCUUACAGUAUUGAGGAAAGAAAAUCUCAACAGCUCCUUCUUGAAGUCGGCGGAUCAAUCUUUGGAUAUCUCCUUCAUGACUGAUCCAGGAGAAUUGCCGAUGAAUAAUCGUGAAACUCUCAGUGUGACACUGAAGCGUGAUUCAAUGGGAUCUCCUGGCUUUGCUAUAGCUUCGUCGCAUGGUGGGCUUUCGGAUGGUUUGUUCAUCAGCUACAUUACACCUAACGGCCCGGCAGCAUCUCAGGGAAAACUUUCGGUCGGAGAUCGAUUGGUGUCGAUAAACGGAACUCGGCUGAAAGGAGUACGUCAUGACCAAGCGGUUGCGUUACUAACUGGUAACCCGUAUGAAGAUAUUUACAUCACUGUAGUGCGGGACCUUGUUCCACGUAUAUCACCGCUUCCUCUGCCCUCAACUCCUCUAAUCACCUCGUCUCCAACCACUCAAUCGCCUCAACCGGAAAAUCCAAGUGUAAUACCGAUUACCAAGCCACCUACAACUCCGAUACCGUAUAACCCUGUGGCAGAUACCUCAUCAUGGGAUGGUACUACUGAAGAGGUUAUCCUGAUGAAAGACGGCAAGUCGCUAGGAUUGUCCAUCGUUGGUGGUUGCGAUCACUCGAGUCAUCCUUUUGGUGUCGAUCGCCCAGGAGUAUUCAUCAGCAAAAUCGCACCAAAUUCGCCUGCUGCAAGAUGCCAACGCCUUCGGAUUGGUGACAGAAUUCUUGAAGUGAACGAUAGAGAUAUCAGAAAAGCGCAACAUAUUGAGGCUGUAGAGGCACUGAAACAAAGUGGACCCCGAGUGGUAUUGUUAGUGACACAUGAACCGCAACCUCCUGGUAUGCGAAUAAUAGAAGUAACUCGCAAAGAUGGUCAAUCGUUAGGUAUCUCAAUUCAUGGCGGUGUCGGAAAGCCAGCUGCCAACCCUUCUGAUGAGCGAGACGAGGGAAUAUUUGUUGAAAAGGUGGAACCGUCGAGUGUGUGUCAUCGUGCCGGUAUGCAGGUUGGACAUAGGCUGAUCGAGGUGAACGGAGACUCGUUGCUGGGCUGUGAUCAGUCUGAAGCAGCGGCGUUACUGCGAGCCUCGAAUGAGCUCCGAAUUCUUGUUUGUGACGGAUAUAAUGUGCCGCAUGCUCCGCGGAUCGAAGAUAGAAGCUUGACGUCAACGCGAUGCUCAACGAACAACACGCUAGCUGAUGAGAACAAGCUUAUGUCGACUACAUCGCUAUCGUCAAACGUUGCUAAUACUUCUGUUCAAAAUGGUGGUGAUCAUCAUCUAGAGAUGUCGUCACGAUUCGAUGAACCACCAUUGGCAUCGUCAAGUCCUUUGCCUACGGCUCCAGUUGUCACACCUACAGCUGCUCCUGCUCCCGCCCCGAAACCUGUGCGUAUUCCGCCUGCAGUAGCACCUAAGCCAACGUUGAGGAAUUCGCAGUUACAAAAUGUUCCACCAUUGGCUGAAACGGCAAAUCCAGAAAAACUCACAUUUGCGUCGAAGGUGAAAAAUUUCGAAAGAGAAAUUGAGGUGCAGAAACUAGGAACAAAGCAGGCUUCAGCAAGCAAUCUACCAUUACCUGCGAUGAAGCCAUUACUCAGUGAUAAUGAUGCUCAAAAAUUGAAAGAAGAUGAGAGCCGAAGAAGAAUGGUGCCGUGUCGCGAAGCUAUCACACCAGAAGAAGGCGCUGACGGUUUUGAGAAAAUGCUUGAUGAUUGUGCUAUGGAACAGCAAAAGCGAAGCGAAUGGCGAGCAGCUCGCUUAAAAAGUCUUGAUCAAGAAAGAGCAGAAGCAGAUGCGAUUAUGGACCGCCUUCAAUUGAUCUCAUUACCCGUUAUUGCUGAAGAUGGAUGUGCUCCUCCAUCGGAGAGGAUACUCAAUAACGACAUUUCUGUUGAGCGAAGUGUCGUUGUGGAUGAAAAGACUGGCGAGCGGACCGUUACAAUAGUCGAAAAAAGUAUCACCAAAAAAGAAAUUGAUGUGGCAAUCGCAGGUGGUGAGAUCGAUUUUGCUGAUAAGUGA